CUACCUCUUACAAUUGUUAUCACCAUGUUUACUCGAUACAAGCUCCUAUCAUCAGGCGAAAGUGCUUCGGAACAUAGCCCGGAUCCUGACUCGACGCACAGGCGACUCUACCGAAUGAGAGUAGCACUAACAGUGCUUACAAUCGCCAAUGUCUGCGUACUAGGCUUGUAUAUGGCUAUCUGGCGCACCACACCCGCCAGCCUUGCUACGCCCAACGCCCCCGAUGCACAACCCAGUGGGCUUGCUAGAGUAGAGUCGCUCCCCAUCGAGUUCAUUCCUUUCUAUUGGAAUACGCCAUGGGGUUCGCCUAACGCGUCGGAAGCUGAUCGGCUGUGGGAAAACAUCAACACUGCGCACGGUCAUAUCGCAAUAGACCAUGAGUUCGCAGCAAAGAACCACUGGCCUUCCUCCAUGGACAUACCCGGAAAGCCUGGUAAAGGAUUGUAUCUCCUACAGGCCUACCAUCAACUACACUGCCUCCAAACUUCUCUAAGCAUCUUACUACAGCGUAUUGUUCGCGCCGCAUAUUUAACCCUAAAGCGCCAAGAGCUCCCCAUCUUCCCUUCGGAUCACGUCCUCCAUUGCUUUGACGCCAUCCGCCAGCACAUCAUGUGCCACGCGGACAACACUCCGCUCUAUGGUCUUGGCCACGGGAUAGCCGGCGACGGACAGCUACACCAAUGCCGCGAUUGGAACGCGCUUAGGGAUUACGCAACAAAGAAUACGGCGUGCUUUCGCGAUGGCAAGCCUGGUAUGAGCUUUGAAGACCGGUUUGGCGUGUGUGAUGACGGAACAGAUGGCUUAGAAGAGCGUGGACCAGUACUGCCAGUUUCAUAA